AUGUUCCGUCCCGGCCAGUUCCUGCCCCCGGCACUCGCCACUGGGAUCUUCUCCCCGCACACAGGCCACAUCUGCCCAGCGUUCUCUGGCCGGAUCCCCUCGUCCCCGCUCUCCAGUGUGCUCCUGCCUCCCACUCCCAUCCUCAGCUACGACCUGCUGCAGAGUUACGCUCCCCCGGAUCCGUGCAAACAGGCGCUGCUGCUGGCUACACAGGCGGCUGGACUGGCCGGAGUGUCCGAAUACUCCGAUGAUUCAAAGCCAGUGAAGCAGCGGCGAGCUCGAGCUAACUACAGCAGCUGGCAGCUGGAAGAGCUGGAGAGAGCAUUCAAGACAACUCAGUAUCCAGAUAUUUUCAUGAGGGAGGCCCUGGCACUCAGAUUAGAUCUCAUCGAGGCCAGAGUUCAGGUUUGGUUCCAGAAUCGCCGGGCUAAAAUGAGGAGACAGUUGAAAAUCCAGGGCAAAUCCAGGGAGAAGAGCAGAGACCAGGAUCCCAGCAGCUGUCCUGUUCAGGAGGAGAAAUGUGACCGAUCAGAGAUAAAAACCGACAACCACAAGAUGGAGAAAGCCAGCUACCCCUGGCCAGGAUCGCAAGCUGACCGUAGGGAGGUCACGGUCGCUGCCCCUUUCCACACAGUGGUCCGGGGAAUCAGAGAUAGUUCCAGCCCCAGUCCUAGUCCGGAAGAGAUCCGCAGCUGCAGCAUUGCCACACUUCGAGCGAAGGCCAGGGAACAUGAGGCUGAGAUACACAGUGGGGCGGCUAAACCUCUGUCUGUCUCUCAGUCCUCUUCUCCAGAGCAUCAGGGAGUCAAUGAUGAGGCCAUAUAG